UGAUAGCUAACGCACAGCUGUCUGUCAACGAAUAAACAUUUAUAAUAUUUAGUAUAAUGCUUCACCGAAGUAGAAAACUAUGACUACUACGUAUCAUUUAUCGGAUCCUUUGCAGUCAGCUUCGCCCUACGAUCCAAGCUUUAAAGUGGACGUUCAGUUGGAUGCACCGUUACGGAAGGUGUCAUUAUCUCUUAAAGACGUCUCCGUAGAAAUUAUGACAAUUUGCUCACAAUUGGAAUCUCUCUGCAAACAAUACACUACUAAAACUGCAGAGAUUAGCCCUAAAAACAAAAACAAAUAUCACAGCUCAUUUGAAGCAGAAGCACGAUUUGCAUGGUGGAAAAUGGAAGAAAACCUAUAUUUCUUACCCACACCACAGCCGACAUUGAAAGAGUAUCUGGAAAAAAGUGGUUUAAUGUACCUAUUUCCUCGAGUAAUGUCUUACAUCAUUAAUCCUGACGGUCCUAGUUUCUUUGGUCAAGAAAGCCUCCUUCAAGAACAUUUUAACACUCCUGGGGUACUGAACCAAAUUAUUACUUUAUCAAACCAGCUGAGCAACGUUGCAUUUAAUGGUAGCAAUCACAAAUACAUGGCUCAUCAAUUAGCAUUGCUUUAUCAAUCAAUCAAUCAGAUACACUGUCCAACGUUACACGAACAAAAAAUAGAAGUAAAAAACAAUUUCAGAGAGUUCAAGUCAAAACUUACAGUAAAAGACAAAGAACGAACAUCAAAGUUGCCCGAGGAUGAAAAGGAAUGGGUAAAGAAAAUAAAGAAGUCUAUCCUGGAUGAACACCACAAGUUUCUACGAUGAGUUCACUUGUUUAGUGCCGAAUUCCAUCAUUUUCUUACAAAAUUUGAAAUGAAACACAAUUGAGUAUUUUCUUUAUGUAAAGUUCACCUCAGUAAUUUAUACAUUAUAUACAAAGUAUUCACGUCAAUUUUACUUCACAAUCGGUCAAAAAAAUCUUUUCGACUCAAUAAUUCUGAGGCUGAUUGCAUAUAAAUAAAGCAAACCUUUGAAAUCAAUUUUUCAAAUUGUUAUGGACAGUAUUAGAUAACGAGAUGGUAAUUGGUAGCUAUAAAGAACAGUUAUUUUAUGUAACAGAUAGAGCAACAGAAUCCAUAACUGGACAAAACAAUAGUAAACAAACACUGCAUAAUUAAA